UAGAGAGUUCUGAAAAUGUUGCAUUAUAAAAAAAAAGAAACAAAACACUAAUAAUAUCAUCAGUUCUUCCGAAACAUACAAAUCGAUUUAUAUUAAAAAGACAAAUAACUGGUGUAGCAUGGACAGUUAUCCCUUUUUUGUAAACAAAAUACACGUAUUUUAGGAAGCCGUACGCUUACAUUUAGCUUAAAAAAGCAGACUUAAUUUCCUUCUGUAAACGUCUUCUUAAAAGCUUUUUAGAAAAGCAUCGAAAAUGAUUAAAGAUAAAGUUCUAAUUGUAAAACGCGAAUUUUACAUGCGAAACGUAAAACGAAAGUAGCAUGGCAUUUUCGGUCCCGUCUUUUCUUUCCUUUAGAACUUUGGGUACUUGUGAGUAGAAUGUCCAAACAGGAUCGGUGUUAUAGUUCUCUAUUUCAAAUCAAAUGAUAAUCACUUAAAUACUUAUAUUCUGUCCCUAUAAUACAUACACAGAUAUAUAUUAUUAUGUCUCAAUAAAAAUAUACAAAAUUUACAAAUGUUUUAUUCUUCAGUACAGUCUGGCGAAAAAAAUAAAAACACUGACGUACUUUUAAUUCGUUACUUCAGCUCCAAAGUGGAGAUGCAAUUCGUUUCAAAAUAACGACAACAGGGAGCAAUAACACCGACUCCAAUAUGUCACUUAAUGUCUUGUUAUAUUAGAAAAAGUGAACAAAUAACUAAAACAGGGUUGUUACACUUUCCCAUUGACUCCCAGGUUUGGUUUUCCAACAGACGUGCAAAAUGGAGACGUCAUCAGCGCAUGAAUCUCCUAAAACGCUCUUCACCUCCCCCGCAACCCUCGCAACAACAAACAACCCCACCUCGACCCUCUGCACCAUACGGAGACCACAGUAUCACCACCAGCACCACUUCCAACAUCACCUGCACAACCACCACUCCUGGCUCUCCGGGGGCCGCUUCCAUCCCUGGCUCUCCACAACCCUCCACCCUUUGCAACAAUACUACUCUAGUACGUCACCAUCAUCAUCUGCAUUCAGCAGCCUCCGGAGUGGGGCUGAGUCAGACGACGCAGCUUCUGCUACAGAUGGGCGGCGAAAAUAGCGCGUUCAAAUCUCUGCCUAACCACCGGAUGAUGCUGGCCGCCUCGACGGCUCACUCUGCUGCAUACGGGUACGCGUCAAACAGCUCGUCCGACUCGGAGGAGAUCAACGUAAAUGACCACACAGAUGACGAGGAAGAGGGACGCUCCAGGCUGCUGUCUCUCCAGCAGCGACCUCAGCUGGAGAAGCCGUCACCUGUAAGUCCC